GUCUUCAGAAGAGGGAGCAGCUAGCAGAACAGACGAGAUGCCAGACGAACAGAGUUUCUUUGAUCAGUUGGAGGAUUGGUUUGAGGCGCAAGUCCCGACCAAUUUGCACGAUCUACCUUUUAGGAUGUUAGAGACGAUGGAGAGGAUGUCGAAUGAUCUCAUCGAAUCCUUAAACGUUCAUGGUCCUCCUAGUAUAUCCAUCCCUUUCCCACCUUUCACAUCCAAAGAUAAUUCCCCUCCUCCACCUCCUCCUUCCACACCUUUACCAAUGGGAAUUUACCAUAAAACUUGUAAAGUCACCAAAGCACAUCCGUACGCUGUUGGGGGCGUGGCGUUGGCUAUGACGGUUGGUUUAGGGAUCAGCGGAUAUCUUCUUCGUCAUGGUAUCAAAGGAUAUAAAUUCGAAACAUUUUCCACUCAAGGAAAGACGGAAGAUGGGAUGUUGAAAGAAGCUAUAGUUUUACUUUCACCUUCCCCCACACCACCUUUGCUCAUUCCUUUGGCCGCAAGUUUGCUCAAGGCUGGUUAUGUGGUUAUAGUUGCUGUUCCUCAUCUUAAAGAGGCGGAAAGUAUCGAACGUAAUUUAGGGUCUUUGGAAGGGAAAGCAUUGAGGGUUUUGAUUUAUGAUCCAGAGGAUUCUGCUACUUUCCCUCCGUUCCAUCGCUCUUUAAUGGCCACACUCACGCUGCGUUACCCGGCUCGGGGUCACUCUGGGACAUCCGACUCGUAUAACCCUCAACCUUCUCAUAUCCCACAUAUCCACGCGUUCAUCUCACUUUAUCCUCUCAACCCUUCUCCUCCUUCUCAACCCGGAGCACUUCCCGCACUUCCUAGCCUACUCGUUCCAGGAUCAAAAGGAAGAAGCCCCAAACUUAUCACUCUCUAUCCGGCAUCUUCGAUUCUUCCUGUACCAGACACGUUCGCUUCUCAAAUACUCAGUGCAAAUCAUAAAUUACUCGCACAAAAUCUUGCCGUUUCAUCUGGUACUCGUAAUGUUUCGAUAUACGUAGGGGAUCUCAAUCUCCCAACUUUGCCCGCUAUGCUCAGUCAUAAUCUUCCCUCGAGACGUGAACAAGCUAGGUUGGUCAUGCAACAUGCUUCCACUCGUCAACGUGUCAAUUACAUUAAAGGUUACUUCCUCGGUGGAAUCUAUAGUGUAUACACGAGAAUGAUGGGAACCAUAGGUAUCGGUCUUCCAGCAAGGGAUUAUACCACAUUUGAGCGAUCACUCCUUCGGGUUGUCAGACAUCGUUCUUGGGGUGAAGUAUCAUUAGGUCAAAGAUCAUAUCUCGUUCUAGCACUUGGGAAACUUCCUCCGAUCAUCUUACCAAAUGUUCUGUCGAUAUUUCCAAGAUUGUCAAAUGCGACUGGUCCACUUCCUCCACUCCCACCGAAAUUGAUAGUGGAUGAAAAGGAGAUCAAGUUGGACCCACCGAUUAAGAGUCCAGGGACGGAGGAAGAUUUGACAAGUUCGAUCCAUACUCACACCAGUACGUCGAGUAGGGGAGAAGAUAGUGGGAGUGGAGGAUUGGAAGGAUCGUGGAUUGGUUUGGAAGGGAAUUAA